AUGUCCUCAAAGAAAUCUGUUUUUAUCGCCAUAUUAUUGGUCAUUUGUUUACAAGUAAUUUCUUCGCUGGAAAGUUACAUUCCAUCUUCAGAAAUUCCAGGUCCAUGGAUUAUAUCAGACAUUGCUGGUGAAAAAGUGAUAACUGGUCAAGAUGUUUCUCUUGAAAUAGUUUCCCCCAAGUACACUUUGGUUAAUAUUAAUCUCUUGCAAAGAGGAUCAGUUAACAAUGAAACCCUUCUCACAAACGUCGAAUUAGACACUGGAAUCAACACAGUUACUGUUAAAAUUCCAUCAUCCGGUAAUUUCACAACAGCAAGUCCUCAAAAUUAUUUCGCCUUAUAUUGUGAUGGAGCAAGAAUUGAUUAUUCCGCAACCUUCCAAAUUGGAGAUCCAGGUUUUGGUAUUACCAUUAGUAAACCAGUCGCUGGUGAUAAUUUAAAGAUAGGUGAAGAAUUAGUAGCUAAAUGGAAUGGAUCCUAUGUUCCUCCAGGUGAAAAUGAGACUAAUUUCACAUUAGUUAGAGCCUUACUUGAACCUGCAAUCACUACUGGGCCUAUUGUUGUAACUUUCAAUUUCUUCCCUAGUUCUAAUCUUACUUUCUCAUCCGGCACUUUAAAUUUCACAUUACCUUCCACAAUACCUAAUAAUACUUUAUAUAAAUUCGGAUUUUUGAUCACAUCUAAUAUUAAGGGAUAUGAAAGGCAAAUUUAUUCUUCCGGCACUUUCUUAAUUAAAUAA